AUGAAAUCAAACUUAACGUCAACUGUGUUCUCAUUCGAUACCAAAUUGAAUGAUGGAACCAAUAGAAGAAUUCUGUUGUCUUCAACAUAUGUUGAGGGAUCAACUGAAUCUGAUUACGAAAGCAUUGAAACAAUUAGUCCGGGACAUCCAAGACCGUAUUUAUACAGUUAUGAUGAUCCUGUGUAUAUCUUCGCGGGCAAGUUUUCAGCAAACGGAUUUUUCAUCAAAUUCAGUCAGUGGUCUGGUGAACCGAACGGUCCCGGAUAUCAUAGUUUUAAAAAUCCUAACAGUCUUCAAAGCAGAUAUUUCAAUUUAUACAAUACUAUAAGUGAAAAGUUAUCUGAUUUUAUCAGUGAUCAGGAGCGAGUAGUGUUUGUGUCAAGUAUAACUACAGAUUUCAGAGUUUACAAAAGUAAUGGAACUUAUAGGAACCUUACAGGUUACAGCAACUAUGGUGCUUUAUAUUUUGGAUAUGAUAAUGAUCAGGAAGGCAGUCGUAGAGGACCGGGAUCUAAAAACUUUAUUGUUUCGAGUACUUCUGAAAUGACAUUAUAUGGAAUGGGUGCAUUACGAAACAACUUUAUUGAUUCUGUUUGA